AUGUCCCACAGAUCAUCAGCAUUACCUUCAUCAAAAAAGACACACCUGGAAAGACAUAAACAAAUAUUAAAACAAUUAUUAAAAGAAGAACCAAAUAAAUCAUGUGCAGAUUGUAAAUUAAAUAAAAAUCCAAGAUGGGCAUCAUGGAGUUUGGGUUGUUUUAUAUGUAUUAGAUGUUCAGGUAUUCAUAGAUCAAUGGGUACUCAUAUAUCAAAAGUUAAAUCAGUUGAUUUAGAUGCAUGGACUGAUGAUCAAAUUGAUAAUAUGAUAAAAUGGGGAAAUGCUAAAAGUAACAGUUAUUGGGAAUAUAAAUUACCUGAUGAUUAUAUACCUGAUCAAUCUAAAAUUGAAAAUUUUAUUAGAACAAAAUAUGAUUUAAAAAAAUGGUGUUCUUCUCACACGAUACCUAAUCCAAGUGAUUUAAAAAUUAAAAAUUCAUCAACUUCGUCGACAAAAAAUACUACAACUACUACCAAUGAAGUGAAACAAACCCCACCACCACCACCACCAUCAUCAACUACAAAAUCAGCGAAUUUAUUGGAUGACGAAUUUGGUUUAUUCACUUCGCAUUCCUCAAAACCAACCUCAAAAAAGUCUCCAUUACCUUCAACACCAUCCCAACGUAUCCCAACCCCAAACAGAUCAACUCCACAACCUCAGCCACCCCCACAAAUUCAAUCAGCUCAAUCCACAGGUGGAUCAAUUAGCUCAAAUAAUAAUAGACCAGAUUUAAAAAAAUCAAUACUUUCAUUAUAUGCAUCCCCAUCAUCAUCAAGUAGUUUACUUCAACAACAACAACAACCACCUCAAAAUCAACAAUUAAAUUCAUUAUCUGAUUCAUUACAAGGUUUAAAUUUUCAAAAUUCAAAUUCUACUUCAAAUUUAUAUAAUUCAAAACCUUUAUAUAAUCAAAAUUUACAACAACAAUAUUCAAAUUCUACUGGAUCAUUAGGUGGUAAUAAUGGAUCAACUCAAAAGAAUUGGAAUAAUGAAUGGAAUAAUGAUUCUUCUACUUCUUCUUUAAAUACUAAAUCUUCAGUUAAUGUCACUUUAGAUGAUGAUUUAUUUAAAAAUGUUUGGAAUUAA